GGCGCUGUGGGGGUCAUGCCACUCAGUGACACUUCAUCCUGCAAAGACGAACACUCUCUCAUUUAUAUUUCUUUACAGCCCACUGAGUGUUUCCUGACACAAGCGAAGGAACCAAAAACAGAGGACUCCCGGAAGAGCAGGAAGUGGAAGAAGAAGAAAAUUUCUGAUAUUCUUGCAAAAUCAGAGCCCAAACCAGGGACCCCUGAAGACCUUCAGAAGCUGAUCAAGGGCCAUUACAGCAGCAGCCGUUCCGUGAUUGAAUUAGAGGAACUGCACCUACCAGACUCCUGCUUCCUCAAGUGCAAUGACUUGACUCACAGUCUCUCUUCAUACCUAAAAGAAAUCUGCCCUAAGUGGGUAAAACUUCGGAAAACCCACAACGAGAAAAAGUCGGUCCUGAUGCUGAUCCUGUGCAGCUCCGCUGUCCGGGCCCUGGAGCUUAUCAGGUCUCUGACAGCAUUCAAAGGAGAUGCCAAAGUUAUGAAAUUAUUUGCAAAACACAUAAAGGUCCAGGAGCAGGUGAAGUUGCUGGAGAAGCGAGCGAUACACCUGGGCGUGGGGACUCCAGGGAGAAUCAAAGAACUUGUCAAACAAGAUGGCCUCAAUUUGAACCCCUUAAAGUUUCUGGUUUUUGACUGGAACUGGAGAGAUCAGAAGCUGAGGAGAAUGAUGGACAUUCCCGAGAUAAGAAAGGAGGUGUUUGAGCUUCUAGAUAUGGGAGUGUUCAGCCUAUGCAAAUCGGACUCCUUGAAGCUGGGCCUUUUCUGAGCCAGGGUCCUGAUGGAGAGUCCAGUUGCCGACAUAUUGCAAAUACUCAGAAUAUCCUACUCUGACAUAGUUAUGUUAACUUCAUCGCCCAGUGGAUCACUGAAGAUGCUUCAUGGGGAUGCUUUGACAACUGUGGGCCUGUCCUUUGGCUCGUACCCUCAGAUAAUAAAGCUCUGCCUGUGUAUGUUGUCUUGUU